UAGCUGAACAUUCGGAAAUCGGUGAUUGUUGUUUUUAAUGGAUAUUGAGGACCUUCACACUGAACUGGAUGUACAUCGGACUGAAGAGCGGAAUGCUUCUGUAAAAGUCCGUUUCCGAACUCGCAGGCAGAACCCAGCCGAUGCGGAUUUGGAUAGUGUUACAACGAUGGCUAUACCAGAACACUAUCGAGUUUUCGUUCAGACUUGGGGAUGUGCUCACAAUACCAGUGACAGCGAGUACAUGGCUGGUCUUCUGGCUCAGUACGGCUAUCAGGUUAUUCUGGGUGGCUCGACAAACGCGAAAGACAGUCACGGACCAGUUGACGCACAAUCCAACAACUCCGAGUGUGAAUGCUCUUCAGAACCUGCAGAUGAUUCCUGCCAGAAACGGGAAGAUAAAGGCUGUUGUACAAUGCCCGAGUCCCUCACUGCCGAUGAAAGGGCCAAACAAGAAGCAGAUAUAUGGGUUUUGAACAGUUGUACAGUCAAAGGUCCUGCUGAGGAUCACUUCCGUAAUGCUGUAAAGGCCGGGAUGCGGAUGGGCAAGCGGUUAGUUGUGGCCGGUUGUGUUCCCCAAAGUCAUCCCGCAGCAGACUAUCUGAAAGGUGUCAGUAUCAUUGGAGUCCAGCAAAUCGACCGCGUAGUAGAAGUAGUGGAAGAAACGUUACAAGGCAACACUGUUCGUUUCCUGGACAAGAAAUGGGCAGUAUCUGAAGAUGGAGACUCUCACUCAGCACGACGCCGCCUUGGUGGCGCUCGACUUGACCUUCCAAAGAUUCGGCGAAAUCCUCUGAUUGAAAUCUUAGCUGUCAGCACCGGUUGCCUGAACGCCUGCACCUACUGCAAGACGAAACACGCACGGGGUGUGCUGGCGAGUUAUCCCAUUGAGGAGCUGCUGGAACGGGCUAAACAAGCAUUUGCUGAUGGCGUUAAGGAAUUGUGGCUGACCUCAGAAGAUCUUGGUGCCUACGGUCGUGACUUGGAUCGGACAACAUCGGUUUAUUCGUGUCCCUCCAUGGCUGUUCGGUUUCCGCAGUGUCUCACACUGGCUGAUCUCCUUUCUGGACUGGUGAGAUUGAUACCGGAGGGUUGUAUGCUCCGCUUGGGUAUGACGAAUCCGCCUUACAUUCUGGAGCAGUUGCGAGAAAUGGCAGACGUGUUGUCACAUCCGCGCGUCUAUGCAUUUCUGCACGUCCCGGUUCAGUCUGAUUGUCUGAACUGUUACUGGGUCGGUAUGACCAAGUGGUUAGAGCGCGAAUUUACUGACCGGAAGGUCCGUGGUUCGAACUCGACCCCUGUCUUUCGACUUUCUCUGUCUAGGCCUGUGCAACUUGGCAGUGUCCUAGCCCUCGUGCAGCCUUUGGGCGGCAUGACAGUUAGGCACCGAAUGGGUGCUACAGCUGAACGAUUAGAUAGGCGCUCGGAUGCUGUGUUGGAUUGCAUGAAACGAGAGUACACAGUUGACGAAUUCAGUCACGUGGUCACGUACCUCCAAGACCACAUCCCACCUCCUCCCCUACCACCUGAUGCAACUGACGAUGCUGUCAAUGGAUCGGGUACACUGACGGUUGCGACCGAUAUAAUUUGUGGGUUUCCCAAUGAAACGGAAGCCGAUUUCGAGGAAACCGUCAAGCUGGUCGAGCGAUUCCGCUUUCCAGUCCUAUACAUCAAUCAGUUCUUUGCCCGGCCCGGCACCCCAGCGGCAAGCAUGUUCAGGAAAGCAACAACAGCGGAAGUCAAGAAACGGACUAGACGGCUUCAUGACAUAUUUCGUGCCUACAAACCCUAUGAGGGUCGUCAAGGUUCGUUGGUUCGCGUUUUGGUCACGGAAACCAGUCAUGAUGGACGGUUCUGGGUAGGGCACACCAAAGCCUAUGAACAGGUCCUUGUACCGAAAAUUCCCGAAGUUUAUGGUCGUAUCAUCCUUGUCCGCAUUACCGAAUGCGACAAAUUCUUCAUGCGCUCUGACAUUGUUGAUCCUGGACCUUUGGACUCGUUGGUUUUCCAAGGUCCUCUGCACACGUCACCGACCCUCUCUACUUUGGAACCGUUAGUAAAAACGACAUGCUCAACCGCGAUUGCCCAACCCGUUGUGCAUGCGGUCCCGCCAAGUUCACCGAAGCAGGAAAACACUAACUGGGUACUUCACCUCGGAGUUGUUCUGCUGGUAACCUAUAUUAUACUCAAAAUUUGCGAAAUGAAUGGCUACUUUCAGCGAGUCUUCGUGACAUAGCCUCCUCCACUUCACAACUCACUGAAUGCUGUGAAUAUUGUACAUUAUCUCUUCCCUUUUUAAGUCAAUUGAUACAGCUAACAGAAUGUCUUCGCAAA